CUUGCUGACAUCCAGUGCCUUUUUUCCAACGGUGACAACGGCCAUAAUUCACACGUUGAGUGUCGUAACAGUGUUUUACGUAACUAUAGAGAAAUAGGCGCAAAUACGCGCAGAGGGAAUUCCCUUGAUGUCGUAAACGGAUUUCAAGGCAGGAAUAUCGCCGAAGUCCACUUUGGUGAAAAGCGGGAAAGAACAAUGAACAAUCGCAUAAAAACUGCUCUAAAUAGCCGUAAUUUGGAAAAAUAAACAUGUCAAAAGUGGUAGAAUUGUUGGGGGAUAUUGUCCUCAGUCAUACAGCAAAUGAGGUGAAUGUGGCUUCAAUCUGUGGAGAAGGAAAGGUGAUCGGUUUGUACUACUCGGCUCAGUGGUGUUCGCCUUGUCGAGCUUUCACUCCAAAACUGAUUGAUUUCUAUCGGACUUACAAGUCGCAGCAUCCUGAUAAAUGCUUCGAGGUUGUGUUCAUCAGUUCGGAUAAAAGUCAAGAAGAGUUUAAGGAAUACCAUGAUGAGAUGCCGUGGCUGGCCUUGCCUUACGAAGAUCGUGAGAGAAAGGCAAAAUUAAGUAAGAAGUACAAAGUCCAAGGCAUUCCAACUCUCGUUCUUAUCGAUGGUAAAACUGGACAGAAACUUACGGACGACGGCCGCAGUGCUGUGGCUAGUGAUCCAGAGGGCAAGGAUUUCCCUUGGAAGCCUAAACCAUUCGCAGAGGUCGUCUGUGGCAAACUUAUAAACAAUCAAAAACAAGAAUUCGAGGCCAGUAGUGUAUUGAAAGGAUGUGUGAAGGGCAUUUAUUUUUCUGCUCAUUGGUGCCCACCAUGCAAAGCCUUCACUCCAGAUUUGGUUGAAACGUAUAAAAAAGUCAAAGAAGACGGAAAGAAUUUCGAAGUUGUGUUCUGCAGUUCUGACCGGAUGGAUUCGUCGUUUGAUGAAUACUUUGAAACAAUGCCAUGGUUCGCCAUACCGUACAAAGAUUCGCGAUCGGAAAAGUUAAAGCGCCUUUUCGGCAUCAAUGGCAUCCCAACGCUAGUGAUUUUAGACGAGGAAGACCGUGUGAUAACAAAAAAUGGUCGCUUAGAACUGAUGCGGGAUCCGGAAGGAGAAGACUUUCCUUGGUUACCGCGGCCACUCAAUGAAUUAAACGAAUAUGUCGCCCACCAGUUAAACGUUGGGUCAUGUCUUAUAUUAUUUACAGAAGGAGAAGAUGAGGACAUCAAUAUGGCCAUCGACGCGUUACACGAUGUUGCGGAUGAAUAUUAUGAAGCGCAAAAAAAUCAAGAGGACCGUGAACUAUCGUUCUUCUAUGGCGGUGAUGAUGAAGUGUGCGACAACCUACGAGACUUCGUACAGUUAGAGGAUCGGAAUCCAUUGUUAGUCAUCUCGGACAUUCCUGAGCACAAAGUCUACGUGUCGCCGGAGAUGAAAAUCGACCGUGAAGUGAUACGAUCGUUUAUAAACCAAUAUUUCUCCGACCAACUUGAGCCGCGGAUCAUAAAGCCGGUUCUCUGAGAUACAGAUUCUGGAUCAAAAAAGACACUCGCGGUGAAAAUGACUGCAUGUUUGCUAUUGGAGAGGUUUAGGAGCACCAUGUCAUGAAAUUGAACUCGUGCUUGUGUUCGACUUUGGCGACGGAUGUGUGACUAAAAUGUUGUCCCAAUCUUUACCUUCGCUCACUCAUACUCCGAAGAAUGGUGUGUGAGUGACAGUGUGGAGCUGUAGAUGCCAAUGAUAACAAUGGUAGCAAUUGGUCCAGGGGCUAUCCCUUGACAUGUCUGUGAGGGUGACCCACCAUCGUGUGUCUGAUAUGUGAGCUGUGGCCAAUCUGAAUAAAUUGACCUCUAGAUCCAGAGCCAUGGGACCUUGCUUUACAGUGCAAGAUCAGACAGCAUACUUCUAAACCUCUCCAUCAAUCAAUUCGAUUGCAGAUAUAUUUAUUGAAAGAAAAUAAUGAAAUAUAAACCAGACCCUUAUACAAACAUUUCAGAAAGAUCUUUAUUCCUGAAAUUCGUAUGAGAUUUGGUCCUGAGCUAUUGUUCUGAGAUGCAUGUUGGUUGACACGACUUGUACAUUACAAACAAUAGCAAUGACUAUGAAUUCAAGCCAUUGGCCAUUUUUGCUGGUUGUGUUGUACAAUUUUGCUAAGCAUUAGACUUGUAUUAUUAUCAUAUUGAGAUAAGUUGUUCCUUCUAACUGACACACGGCAUAUGACUAAAAGAAAUGCAUUUAUUGCCACUGAUCAAUUUUAGAUAGCUUUUACAGACACGCAGCUUUUUUUGUUGAAAUCCAUGUGAUUCCUGUGCCAUUGAUUCUAACAAAAGUGCUUGAUGUACAAAUGCGAUAUAUACGUCUUGCUUGCACCAUGGUAAACUGGUAGUAUAUGUUUCCGUGAUUAUGGCAAGUUUGGGAACCAGUCAAGAUAUAUUAUGGUGCUUUGCUUCGAUACAACCGCACCUUAAUCUGUAUAGUUUUGAUGUACAUACAUGUAGUUAGUUCAGUUCUGGUAGAAUUCAUUAAUAAAAUCACUUUUUAAAGUGUUCAUCGGAGAUAUAAAAGAAAUGGACCAGAAAAACAUCACGUCGACGUCAGACGAGUUCAUCAAAGGAUAGGUGUAGCUACGCUAAAAAUGUAAAGGUAUCUGUUUCAAUGAGAACAAUUCAGUGUAUCCAGUUCCUUUGUUUUAAGCAUUCGUCUAUGUAAUCCUCAGUCUUCAUAUUUCACCUGCAUUUGUCUUCAACUUGUAGCUUACAAUGUAGGUGCUGAUAGUGCUAUUCCCAUUAUAAAAUGUCUAAAUAACAACUGCUUGAACUGCUGACUUUCUAUGUUUAUACUUUGUUUAGGAUAUUUUGUAAGUUUUGUACGAAAAUUCCAGAAUGAGUUGCCAUAGUUACCGAUGAAAACUACUUUUUACAUGUUUGAGUGUAAUAUUCUGAAAAUUUGGCACAGGGCCCUCAGUGUGUAUUCUUGCAACGGAACACUGAACUGUAAUAUAAACACUGCCCUUAAACCUACUCUAAACUGUGAAAUUUUCAAAUUUACCAUUGGGGCGUCGGUGUGCACAUUUUAAGUCUCAUGCAGUAACCAUAAUUUUGCUACAAAGACUAACUUACAGUGUUGUGAACAUUUCAUUGUUUACAGUACCGCGGUAUAUGCCGAGCCUUCCUUGCAUUUACAUUGUAUAUACCGCCUUGUACUGCUUUUCCUGAUAAGAAAUCUCAUGUGUUUUUGCUUGAUGCAUUUUCUGUUUGAGUCGAAACAGAAUUACUGUCAAUCCGGAAAUAUUUGCGGUCAUUUUACAUUGUGGUUUUGUGAAAUUGUAACUUCUGCUUACAUUGGAUUUAGCGUUUUGACAACCCGGCCCUGAACGUGUUCUUUUUCGCAGCCUUAUAUUUUGGCGCAGCCUUUUAUUUUGGCGACUACGGUAUAUGGUUAAAACAGGAAAGUGCAAAAAUUAAAAAGGCCAGCGAAUACUUCCACGGUUGACUGCCAGUUUUUGACUGUUGCUUUAAAAAUGCAGCUGUGAUUAUUACUGCUUUGUUUGCUUUUGCAAAUAUCGUGUAUGGAAGCUCUUCCGAGUGCUUUACGUGUAUAUACAUGUAGUGCUGUGUCUUUUAUGAGGGACCUGCACAGUUCAGUUGAUUGAGACUGAGAGGGAAUCAAAUAUCAAACGUGGAUAACUAUCAUGAAUACCAAAAAAGUGAAAAAUGGAGUCAAAGUGAUUAUUAAAAAGAGUUUUGUGAAAGCUUUUGUUGUGUAUUAAUGGAACUCUGUGUGUGUACGUACAUCAUAGCUUAUCACUUUGUCUUUGGCCAUUGUCCAAUAUCGCUGUAGCCCCCAUCUCGGUUCAAAUCAAAACUGUAUAAUGGCCAUUGUUCCAUAUGGUAAGUUUAUUCUUUCUGUUGGACAUUUCCAGAUUAACUGAACUGUGUGGAUACCUGGAGGUAUAUUUCAGAAUCAAGUUACAUAUUGGUUAGUGUCCAUUUACUUCAUACAAACCAAGUCCAUUUACUUCAAGUGAACCAAGAUGAAAGUUCUAGAAUGUAAAUAGGGGAAUCUAUUUUGACCAUCAGAAAUCUGCAACAAUUGAUGCACUGGCCCUCCUGUGACGAUGAUGUUAACUGACUGUUUACACCAUGCUGAAUAAGAUGGCAGCACCAAACUGUUGCAUUGAUCCCAUAAUGCUUUGGGCAAAAUGGUUUGGCUAAGAACUUGCUGGUGACAGCAGUACAUGUAGCAGUGUUCUGUUAAUUAAACAGGGAAUUAUCAGAUAACAAGUUUGCAAGUCUGUGGAUCGUAAACUACAGAGAUAACAUUGACUUCUUUUGUUACAAGCAAGGAUAUUCUAGUAAAAAAGCCACUUGAAAUUUGAAAAAUUGUUUCAGUGCCUGAAAACCUGGCACCUUGAGUUUUCCUGGGGUGAAUGGACAUAGCAGUUUGAUACUUCUGUAUAGGAUCAUCUGUGUUGUAGAGGAGAAGUUACAACCAUUUUAGGACAAUAAGUUGGAAUAUU